AACUUCACAUGUUUUUUAUAUGUAUUCUUGACAGUAAUUUCAAGCAUAUAGAUUAAUUCAAAUCGGUUUAUAUAAAUAUUUAAUACCCCAACGAUUUUUUGUAAUUUUCAAAUAAUUAUUAUUCAUUGAUGCAUUUGUUAAUUUUGUACUGGUAGUAAUGAGAAGUCCUAAAAAUCAAAACCUUACUUUAUAAAAAUGGCUCAUGAAACAUCAACUUCUUUACUGGAUUUACCAGGUUUAUUCCAUCAAUGGGAUGUAGAUGAUAUUAUAAUUCAAAAGUUUAUGGACAAUGGAAUCACAGUUGAUUUGCUGAAAACACUAACGGAUGAAGACCUAAAAGAACUUUGUAGUGUCAAGGAGUCAAGAAUCAUUCUAAAAAAUAGAAUCAGGGAACAUUUUUAUAAUAGUUUCACGAUAAUUUCAACACGUAAUGAAAAAAAUCUUGAUGAAUCAAGUUCAUCCGGUAAUCUACCAGACGCUCGGUUUUCGAGUUCAGCCAGUCAUCUGCCAGGCGCUUGUGAUGGCAGGGGUGAAAACUCUCUAAAUUUGCCAUGUACACUAUGUGAUUCUCUAUUUCUCAGUUACAAUGCCUACGUUUCUCACUUAAAGUUUAUUCAUCAAGUAAAUGAUUAUUUUCACUGUCCGAUGGAAAAUUGUCCUCGCGUAUAUCAUACUCAAUACAGUCUUAAGUACCAUUUAGAAAAUCAUCAUUCAAAGAAGAGAUCAAACAUUUUAGAACGAACAAUAGAUGAAUCUGACGACGAAUCACAUUCUGUAGAAUGUCAUUCUGAAAAACCUGCAGCCGCUAAUCAAUAUGUUGCUAAUACAUCAUUUGAUAAUAUUAAAACUAACACUAGCCCUCAAAUUAAUUCAAAUUAUGACGAUACUUCAGAAAACAUUAAUAAUAUUUUCUUCUCUGAAUUGGAAAGAUUAAUUUCACACUUAUAUAGCAUUUUAGACGUGCCACGCUCUUUGAUACAAAUAAUUUUUAAGCUAAUUAACUCAAUGUUCACGAAUUUUUCGAGUAUAAUUAAAGAUAUUCUUCUUGACCCUGAUAAUACUUGUGAAACCAAAAAUAUCAAAAUUAAUUCGAUUUUAGGUCGUGUGAAAGAGUCUUUCAAUAAGUUAAGCACUGAUUAUUUACGUAUUAAACACUUUACAUCUUCUAAGUGCUAUGUUCAGCCUGAACCGGUUAUCGUCGGUACAAUAACAAAAAAAAAAAAAGUAGAUGAAAAAAUCAUCGUCAAUGUCAAAAAAAAGUUAUCAUAUAUAAUUCCAUUAGAAAAAAGUUUGAAGAUAUUUUUAGAAAUUCCCGGGGUUUUUAAUACAAUUUAUAAUUAUCAAAAAGAACUAUUAUUAGAAACAACACAGGGGACUGGAUCAAUCUUACGAAAUAUUAUUCAAGGUUCACUAUGGACUGAAAUUGUAAAAAAAUUUGAUAACGAUCAAAUUUUAAUUCCCUUAAUAAUUUCGUUUGAUGACCUUGAAACCGGUAACCCUUUGGGAAGCCGUGCAGGCAAAAAUAAGCUGGGCGCUGUUUACACAUCUAUUGCUACUAUUCCACCAAAUAUGUCGAGUCGUUUAGAAAAUAUUUUUUUAUCGUUAAUAUUUUACUCUCAUGAUCGAUCGGAUUUUGGAAAUGAAAAAAUUUUUUCAAAAUUUAUAUACGAUUUAAAAAAAUUAGAAUUAGAUGGAAUUCAAAUAAAAGUAGAUAAUAAUGAAUUUAAUGUAAAAUUUGUUACCUUGACGAUUGCUGGAGAUAAUUUGGGACUUAACAGUAUAACAGGAUUUGCUGAAAGUUUUAAUGCAACUUAUUUUUGUAGAAUAUGCACUACAACCAAAUCAGAAAGCAUGACCCAAGUAACUGAAAACUUACAGACACUUCGAGAGGUAAAAAAUUAUGAUUCUGAUGUUGAAAAUUUGGAAAAACUAAAAUCAUUAUGUAUUUGGAAUGAUCUACCUAGUUUUCACGUUUACGAGAAUUGGUCAUGUGAUGUUAUGCACGAUUUAAUGGAAGGCAUCCAUCGUUACUCAAUGGCCUUAAUUAUUAAAAAUCUUGUCAACAAUGAAUAUUUUACAGUUGAUCGACUAAAUAAACGUUUGAAAUAUUUUUUAUUUAGUGACGCAGAUACAGUUAUACCGCCAAUUAGUGAAACGCAUGUGGCAAAAGGAUAUAUAAUUAUAUCAGCAUCCGAAAUGUUGUGUCUAGUUCGUAAUUUCAAUUUUAUUGUAGGUGAUUUAGUAGAAUAUAACGAUAAAAUUUGGAAAUAUUACCUUGUACUUUUAGAAUUAACGGAAAUUUUAACAGCUCAAACAUUUACAAGUGAAUCGAUAGAAUACUUAGAAACCUUGAUCACUGAACAUAAUCAAAUGUUUCAAGAUCUUUUUGAUGAAACAUUGAAGCCAAAGUAUCAUAUUCUACUGCAUUAUCCUAGAAUUAUCCGUAAGUUUGGUCCAGUAAUUUUGUUCAGUUGUUUUAAAUAUGAAUCUAAACACCGGGAAAUUAAAAAAGUCUGUAAUUCGAUAAGUUGUCGCAAACAGCUACCGUUAUCAGCUGCUAACAGAUGCCAAUUAAAAGCUUGCUGCAGAUAUCUCAGUAAAAAAGGUUUUAAUGACAGUAUUAAUUACAGCAAAUAUGUCCAUCAAACACUAAUCGGUGAAAACCAAUUUUCGGUUGAUUGGUACGAAAUUAAUGGCGUUCGAUAUAAGAUAGGGUCUGUCAUUAUUUCUAGUUUCGAUGAAUUUGAUGAACCAAUAUUUCAUUUAAUCGAUAAGAUUAUUGUUGACAGAGAAAAUGACAAAAAUGUAACAUUUGAAUGUCUUUUGUUAGAUAAAAUAAUAUUUGAUCCUCAUCUUAGAGCUUUUAAUGUUGUUAAAAGUUCAAUAAAAAGUUCUGUAUUAAUAAAAAAUUGUAAUUCUGUACCGUUAACACUGCAUAAUGUUGCCGAAAAAUAUUAUGUAAGUAUAUCGAAAAUGUAA